GAGGAAAUACAGUUACAUUUCUUCACAUCUCCAGUUUAUAGUAAACUUGACCUCCAUUCUCACUGGUAUCUUAAGUUCAGCUGAUCUGCUGUGUAGAAUCAGCCGAUAUUUCAGUUCAGCAGAAUUUGUCCCUCACUGGAGCUGGUAAGAGAGGUGACAAGAAGGCAAAAUAAUUGGUCAAGUUGGCUCUGGAGUGAUAUUUAUCCCUCUCAUCACUUAAGUGCUGAGAGAGCGAAGAUCCAUUGGGGAGUUUCUUGAUUUGCCAGCAAUUAAGGACCUUAAGUAGUCAAUUAGUAGCCACUUAAGGGCCUCAACUCACCAUUGCAUCAAAUUAUCUGCCUUCCGGCAAGAAGGAAAAGCAGCUGAUUUCCUGAGUGGGAAAACAGUGUGAUCUGUCAGCCAGGUUUUAGGGGGAGCUCCAUUUGUCCCAUUUUGAAUUCAAUCAGAGACAUAGAUGGGGAUAAGGGAUGUACCAUGAAAGCCAUUUCCUGUCCUUGCAUCUGACCCUGUCCCAAUUUGUACUCUGCAAAAAGCAAAAAAAAACUACUUACCAUCUUGACAUGGAUCCCAAGAGUACUAGGCUUUGACUGAAGAUAUUUAGUACCCAGAAUCUGUUGGCCCCUGAUAUUGUGAGGUGGGAUUCCACUUUCUAAAUUUGCUGUAGAGAAGAAGCUCAGCCACCAGCUGUUUGGAACACAGUCUAGUCAGUUUUCACAGUAAUGGGGGUGGCAAGUCAGUCGCCACUGAACGCUCAUGCCCCACACUUGUGUUAUUGAUGGCACUUCCAUGCAUCUGUCUCUCUGCUCCUUCUAGAUGGUGACAUUCACAACUUUACAAAGCGUAGCAGAAGGCAGCUUGCUGCAGUGCAUCAUGUAGAUGGUACACACUGUUGCUACUGUUGGAAAGAGGGAUUGCUUAAGGUGAUGCCUUGGGUGUUCAUUUAAGUAAGCUGCUUUAUCCUGGAUGGUUUUGAGUUCUUCAGUGUUAUUAUAUCUGUACACAUCAAGAUAAGUGGGGAGUGCUCUAAAUCACUCCUAUCUUGUGCCUUGUAGAGUGAAUAGGUGCUGGGGACUCAAAAGGUGAGUUGCCUCUGGAUGUGAUCUUGUAAUUAUAUGGCUGAUCAGUUCAGUUUCUGACCAGUGGUAACCCCUGAGAUACUAAUAGUGUGGGGGUUCAGCAAUGGUUAUUAUUCAAUGUCAAGAUCAUAGUUAUAGAGCAUCUAAAAGGGCGAAAUUGGUGGUGUAGUCCAGUUUACACUACUGAAAUGGACUAGUACCCUGGAUGUGCAGAUUUAUACUGUGGGCCAUGGUUCAAAUCCACCAUCGUAGUUAGUGUAAUUUAAAAUUCCAUUAAUUUUUUCAAAACUCUAGAAGUGUAAGCUAGCCUCAGUAGUGGAAACUAUUAUACUGAUUGUCUUUUUUUUGAAAAAAAAACGCAUUUUAUUCCCAUUCUGUCCUUUAGGGAAGGAAAUCUGCCGUCUUUGUCGGGUCUGGCCUACAUGUAACUCCAGAUCCACCGCACUGUGGUUGAUUCGUAACUGCUCGUAUGGAUAUUUAGGGAGGGCAACAAAUGCUGGUUUUAAUUAAUAGCGGGAGCCAAGUCCCGUGAAUAAAUAUAAAUACCCAUUAUACAUGCUGUACACUGCGUCACACAACAGUUCCCAGAGAUACAUGUUGUCAGUGUGGAAAGCGGAAGUAUACUGGUUGUUAUAGAAAGCCGAAACUCACUCACCCCGAGUUGCUGAGGCAUGUCGACUGGAGUCAGAUGAGAACUCACAUGAUACCGAUUUGACCCGAAGAGAUAGGAAUUGACCAUUUCGCACGCACGACUGCUGGUUGGUUUCCUGAAGAACAUUAUGCAGGCCCGAAAGUUGCUGUUGAUCUCCUGCAUGCAGGUCCUCUUCCUCUCUGUCAAGCUGCAAACAACUUCUGAAGAGAUCAUCACGUCCCUGAAUGCACGCCUCCUGCAUUCCACACACUCGUCAUUGCCAGCCAAUCCCAGUAUCCAUAUUGCCCUACGAUUAUCCAUGUACCACAGCCUGCAUGAUGAACGGAGAUACCUACGGAGACUGAAAACUGACUUUCAAAACAAACUAUCCAGCUUCUCAGGUGUACAACUCUCCACAGAUCUGGCAGCCCUAUACCUCCUGGCCCUGCGAGCAUCCUGCCAGGACCGUCAUAGUCAAAACCGUGUGAUUUCAUAUCUGAAAAGUAGACUCCGUGCUGAGAAAAGGCAUGCAACCCAACAUGAUGUCUCUUACAACAACUACUACCAGUACAGUCUGGGCGUGCUGGCAUUGUGUGUGAAUGUUGUGCGGAUAGAUAGCAGUGUCCUAUCAGGACUGGUACCACAUGAACAUCAUCAUCACUGGUUUCAUGCCCUGUCAGGAUUGACGCCACAUGAGCAUCACCGGCACUGGUUUGUUGGCACAUCAGCGAUGAUGGUUUUGGCCCUUAAGUGUGUCAGUGAAUCUAAAGUGCCCAACACUGGUACCUGGAUGUACAGCAGUGAUACAAGAAAGAAGGUACAAUCUACAAUGAAUAAACUGAUACAAAAGAUACAGGAUCGACAAAGAGAGAGUGGUGAAAUUGGGGACAUUUACAGCACAUCACUGGCCAUGCAGGCUUUGUUAGCUGGUGGAGAUGAAGAAAGGUGGUUAAAAGGAAAAGCGAGACUCCUGAUUGAGGCCCAACAGGGAAUGUUCCGCAAUCCAAUGGCGCUGUCUCAACUGUUACCUGUCUUGUAUCAAAGAACCUACCUGGAUAUUGGCCAAAUUAACUGCAUCAAUGAGAAUGAUGGCCUGAAGUGGAUGCGAUCAGAUCACAGGACAGAACAUAACUCAAACAAUCAGAAAGGAUUUGUUCAUCUAACUGUAAAUGACAUGAAUGGCACCAUUAUUUGCACAGCCAAAGUGCGACUAUUUCAGAAGAUGUCUCUCCAAGCAGUCUUGAAUGAAGCAAGAAUUAAUGAUGCAAAAUUCAACUUUGAGACCAGACCGACACUGUGGGGACCUUUCUUGACUUCAGUAUGCAACCUAAGGGCACAAGAUAACUCGAGAAACUAUUGGCGUCUGCUGACGGGAAACAAUACCCCACUUAAACAAGGAAUUCAGGAUUAUCGCCCACACCAAGGAGAGCACAUCGUCCUGCGACUCAGCAAAUUCUAGCAAAUGCAAGUUGAUCUGCUCCCCUCAACCUCAGCUGCGGUCAUACUCCUGUAUCCAGCUUGCUUAGUGACUAAUCAGUAAAUCAGAGGCCUAAGCAACAAAGAUUUUUUUUUAAACUAAUAAAACAUAAUCAUUAAGCUUUUGCACUCUGGCAUGACAGCACCUCCUAGAUUUCAAGCAGGCAAUGACAUUGAGAAUCAAGAGGAUGACUGCCCAUCUCCAGCCACAGCCACAGCUACAGAUUUGUCCAGUAUCUACUUUAUCUAGCCUUAUCGACGAACAUCUCACCACUUAAACUUCACACUAUCACAUCAUGUAAAAAAUCUUUCACCUUCUUUUGACUCUGCUAGCAACAGUGUGUAUGUGAAGCCUCCCUCCAUCUUUCACCUGUACUAAGGAGUGUGCUAGCAGCGAGCCUGAAGAACCAAUUUUCCCCAGACUUUCUGCACCUUAAGGAAAUGAUGGUGUGCCUCACUUUUUUAGAAGUGAGGACUUGCUGUGAGACAGUGCGCCGUGGCUUCAUGAUCUUUUCUGAGAAAAUGUAAUGGUACUGACAGAAGGCUAAGGCAGUGUUUAAAAGUACAAUUAAAGGAGAGAACAUGUAGCCAAAAUGCAAAGUUGGUUUUAAUCCUCCUCAGAGUAACUUUCCUCUCAGGUGAUGCAUCCAAAAUUAUUCAAGUGAACUGAUCCCUCAAACCUGAGUGUGGCAAUCUAGUUAUUCAGAGCUUAUGAUCUAAUGGUCCCAGUUUAGUGAUACACAUUAGUAGUUGUGAUUUUUAGAAAUUUCAUAUUUAUUUAUGACAAUUUUUUUUUAAUUCCCAAGGAAGAUCAAGGAAUGGCACCAUCUCUUUUAUUGAGACAACACUGAGGAUGUGUUCGUCUAUAAGUAAAGGUCAGAAGAAAGACAAAUUAAGAUACUAACCGUACAAACAGCCUGCUUUUACCUCACCUAGAUAGCCGUUCUUUGCAUAGGAGUUUGGACAGCUUUGUACCUCAAGCCUGUUGAUUCACAGGAAUUACCAUCUCCGAGCCAUAAAUUGUCAUCCCCCAUAAAUAAUUGUCCAAUACUUAGUGAUUCAGAGUGGACCCAUAAACAGAUUUUUAUUUAAGUGUUGGUUUGGUCAAAGGUAUUGCAAUCAAUUAUCGCACUCCUGCUGCUAACUCAACUUCCCGCAACUCAGUGAUUGAACCUGAGAUGUUCUGGUCUCCACAGCUCGUGGCACACCAGACCUUAAAAUCUCUGUCUGAUAUUGCAAAGAUACCAACUGAGUCUUGAUAAUGCUACUUGACUGAUUUUUGUUUCAGUAAUCUUCUGUUAAAUUAAUAUUAGUGAUUGCCAAUGAGUGAGAAGUUCUGGGUUUGAAUCCUUCCAUAAGGGUUGAUGGCCAAAGAAGGUGUGUUCAUAAUACAGACAGACUGGUCUGAGUUUCAACCUGCAGUCCUUUCUUCCAACAUACCAAUGGCAGGUGAUAAGAGUGGGAGAGAUUCCUUAUCUUCCAUGUUUUGGCAAGAAAAUUGGAGUCUCUAUAUCCCUAGCUAUUUUUCCAGACUACAACAAGCACCAAAAAUAUAUCUUGCCAUGUUAAUUUGGACUCACUUGGUGAUCUGUAACAUAACACAACCACUAGUAACAUUGUGCUGAUCACCUAUUGUCAGAGACAGGAGGAUGAGGAAGCUGGGACAUUCCCACAUUUUUUGCCCCAGCAUUCCCUCAGGUAUGGCAAACCAUUUCUAAAUGUCUUUUUGUAGUUGUUGCUCAUUAUUGUAAUUAUUGUUAAAAAAUUAAAUAUUAAAAGCGUUCAUCAA